AUGGUGGAGGUGGGCGACUGCCCAUCACCGUUUAAACAUGGCUACCUCCAAUCGAUCAACAGUCCCUGUUCUCCACCGAUCCCUUGGAUAAAGGCGUCGCUGCGGCUUGCACGGAACCGGCUGCGCUCUCUUGAUGAUAUCCCGGCUGAUGACUCUCGUCGUAGCUACCCUUGCUUCCAACCGGAUGUCUUCCACCUCAACCUGGAGCUCGUCGAGCAGCUCGAGCAGAUCGCCACGGAGAAGAGCGUCACUCAGCCCCAGACAGUUGUUGCCUAG